AAACUAAACUUUCCAAGAAAUCACAGAAAAAAGAGCGUGGUUCGAGAAAGUUUAUGAGAGAUUUUCCAAAUUCUUUGUUUACUUUACUUUCCCUACUCUGCGCCCGCAAAUAUGGCAGAGAGAGCCCCCAUUCCAGCUGAGGAGUACGAGAGACGGUACGGCCAGACCAACGAUUCUUCCAGCGAGUUUGAAAGCUGUACAGAAGAUGCCGGCUUGUCCGGUGAAGACAUCCCUACCACCCGCCUGGUGUCAGGUCUGGACCUGAAGGAGGUGUGUGACACCACAGGACAGGGGGCGGAGUUUGAGGUCGAGUCACAGCUGCAGAUGGAGGAAGCUGCCCUGGAUAACCGGUACUUUGAUGCGGAGGACGUGUUUCAGCAGCUCAGCAGAGCUCCGCUGGAUGAUGAGAGUGAAGACUCCUCCACUGAGGACUUAGACAUGAGCCCCUUUGAGCGACUGUCAGUAAAGAUGGAGUCCCUGUGUGGAGACAGGGGUGUGGUGAAGAAGGUGGUGAAGCAGGGAGUUGGUGAUGUAGUCCCUGCUGGAGCCUAUGUCAGGGUUCACUACAAUGGGUACUUGGAGUACUCAGAUGAACCAUUUGACUCCAGUAGACUUAGGAAUGAAGAGCUCAGGUUCAGGCUGGCAACAGGAUCUGUAGUUCCAGGGAUGGAGAUUGCCAUUUCCAGCAUGAGGAAGGGUGAGCGGUCACGGUUCCUGGUUCAGCCCAACUACGGAUAUGGCAAGUUUGGCUGCCCUCCUCGGAUCCCAGGCAAUGCCACAAUUCUGUAUGAGAUAGAAAUGCUGAACUUUGUGGACAGAAGUACAGCAGAGGAGUUCAACUCACUGACAGAGGAGCAAAAAAAGGAAGCAACAUUCAAGCAUCUUCUAGAGGUAGCCCGUGUGGAGAAGGACCAUGGGAAUGAAUACUUCCAGCGGCACCAGUUCAAACCGGCCAUCAGCAAGUACAGUAAGGCCCUGAGGACUUUAGAAAACGCUCGUCUGGCCAAUGAUGAAGAAGAGGCCAAAAGGGACAAGGUGCUGCUGAAGCUGUACAACAACAUGGCACUGUGUAACCUGAAGAUGGGAGAGUACCCGCGCUGUAUCGCUAACUGUAACCGCGCUCUCGAGAUCGAUGGUGGCAACGUGAAAGCCUUGUACAGAAAGGGCCAGGCUCUUUGUGAACUGAGUGAGUUUGACAGAUCCAAAGGCUGUCUGCUGAAGGCCCAGAACCUGGCACCCAACAAUAAGGACAUCAGGGAGGAACUCAAGAAACUGGACAGGAAGUUUCAGCAGUUCACGUUACUGGAGAAGGAACGUUGUAGGAAAAUGUUUGGUGGGGCCAAAGAGACAAAAGAGAUCAAAAGCUCAGACAUCCCAGAAUGCAGUGCUGAGUUCAAGAAACUUAUUGAUGACAAGUUUGUCUCAUUUUGUGAGGAUGCAAGCCUGCCUGAGAUGACAUUCCCUAUGGAGAAGCUGACAUCAGCAGAGAGUGACUGUAUCAUACACACUGCACAGGGGCUAGGUCUGGAGGUCACCACAAGACAGAUGGGACCAGACAAGCAACUGCGAGUGAGGAAGAAGACUUCCGGGGGAGCCUAGAAAUUUUCUUUAGCAGCUGAGGGCAGUUCAGGCAUGUUCUCGUACUCCAGUACAUCUGCCCUUGGGAAAGAAAAACUUGAAGCCAUUCCCUAGCCACAUUCCUUUUACAAAAUUGUCACUGAUUCUGUCAGGCACUGAUUCAGAUGACCAGAGACAGCCAAAGUGUAACUGGUGCUAGACAGCACUCAAUACACAGUUUCUCUAAUUGCAAAGUGUGCCAAAGUUAGAAAAUGCAGGAAGGACUUCUAGCAGUAGACUGCGGUACUGCAUACAGUACUGUUUAUUUGUUGCCAUACUAAUGUUGCCCUACUGAGGUUUUGUUAAGACUUUUUUCUACUUUUUGAUAUUAAACUCUUAUUUUUCUAUACACUGUUUUUGUUUAAAAGCUAGUUUUAAGUUUAACUCAGUUGACCACAUAGUAUCCAUGUAGCUAGAGGGUAUGUGUCCAUAUAACAUUGUGUAUUUACAAGUUUUGUAAAAUUGCAACUCAGUGAAAGUUGCAAUGGUGUUCCUAGAAGUAUCUUUUUUUUAUGACGAAGUAACUUUUUGUUUAUUUUUCUAACAAGUCAGGUUAUAUUGUUGGUAAGUAGAAAUAGACUUAUAGUUAUAAACAUGAAAAGUUGACAGUAGAAGCCGGGCAGUUACUGUAUUGUUUGCAAUAUCAUUAGAAAUAACCAUGACAAUUUUAAAGUGGAAAGAAAUCAGUUGAAGCCAUGCAUGAGUGGAAAAUACAGUAUGACAUGUCAUCUGAAGCUGAUCUUGUGUGAUGUUGGAUAGAACAAAAUACAAGCAUUGAUUCAUACAUUGUAUAUUCAUUGCAACAUUGAAUAUAAAAACUAAAUAUAGCAAGA